AUGUCGGACCUGAGUGUCAACUUGUUGCAAGUGGCGAUUUAUUCUACUACAACAGAUGUAAUCACUACAGAUCAGUUGUUGUUUCAUCUGAUAGAACCUUUGAUAUGGGAUUCUUCAGCCCCAGUGAUUCCUCAAAGUGAUAUAUUGGGAUAUGGUCACUACGCUGGGAGUACGGCUCUUCUCAGUGACAAGAAUGAAAUUAUAUGGUCUGCUAACACCUCAAGAUCAGUUCAAAAUCCAAUUGCACUACUUUUAGAUUCUGGAAAUCUUGUUGUAAAAGAUGCAAACAAUGGCAACUCAGAAAAUUUCCUUUGGCAGAGCUUCAAUAAUCCAACUGAUACAUACAUGCCCGGUAUGAAGCUCGGCAAGAAUUUCCAAACUGCGCAUGAGGCUUACCUUUCAGCAUGGAAGAACAAUAAUGAUCCAACUCCAGCGAAAUUCACGCUUCACGUUGAUCCUACUGGAUAUCCACAGGUCCUCCUCAAAGAUGGCACAAGAGUCUUUGGAAGAGGACAAGAAAUAGCCGUGAAGAGACUAUCAAGGACUUCCGUACAAGGAUUUGAUGAAUUGAAGAAUGAAGUUAUCUACAUUUCCAAGCUUCAGCAUCGAAAUCUUGUGAGACUUUUGGGUUGCUGCAUUCAAGGAGAAGAAAAGAUGUUGAUUAAUGAAUAA